GUGACCGAGGUGCUGUACAUAAACCCUGACGGUGUGUUUGUGUAUCAGUGGCGAUUAAACGACGGACUCCGUGUUUAAAUCCACACACACACCGGGGACCAGCGACCAGUGACGGCAGUUUGGUGGACGAUAUCGCAGGAAAGCGGAUCCAUUGCACUACAGUGCCAUGGAGUUUCCAGACCUGGGAAAACACUGUUCAGAGAAAACCUGCAAGCGCCUGGAUUUCCUGCCGAUGAAAUGUGACGCCUGCGAAGAGAUUUUCUGUAAAGAUCACAUAACAUAUGCAAGUCACAAGUGUACUUCAUCAUAUAAAAAGGAUGUCCAGGUUCCAGUGUGUCCGUUGUGCAACACCCCCAUUCCCAUUAAAAGAGGGGAAAUCCCAGACAUUAAAGUUGGAGAGCACAUAGACCGUGACUGCAAGUCAGAUCCUGCUCAAAGGAAAAGAAAGAUUUUUACAAAUAAGUGCUCGAAAGGAGGCUGCAAGCAGAAGGAGAUGAUUCGUGUAACAUGUGACCAAUGCCACUUGAACUACUGUCUUAAGCACAGACAUCCAGUGGAUCAUGAAUGUAAGACUGCUGGACAGCCAGUCUCCAAAUCAGGACAUGCGGCUUUAAUGAGAGCUCAGGGUGCUUCUGGCAGUAAUGCCACAGGCUCAUCCGUUACAGGAAGCUCGGCUGGAGCGGCCCGAACGGGUCGUGCUCGGAAUAGCAGUGCACAACGGACUUCAGCUCCUUCUGCGGUUUCCCCUGCAGCGCAGAAUGUAAUACCUUCAUCAGCAUCCUAUCAGGCCGGGCUGACAGAAGAUCAGGCUCUCCAGCGUGCAUUAGAGAUGUCGCUGACUGAAACAGCCCAACACACGCCGUCUCCUCUCAGUCCUCAGGAGCAGGAGGAUCUGGCCCUGGCUCAGGCCCUCGCUGCUAGUGAAGAAGAGUACCAACGACAGCAGCAGAGACAACAGGUAUCAAGAACCCUUAGCAGUCAAUAGCAUGCUAUGCUAACAGGACCUCAAUUAGGGGAGGGAUUCCAAGCAGUCCAACUGCCGUCUGUCUUAAAUUCAGAUCAUGCUGACCCAAUGUAAUCUGCCUCAUUUUAAAAACACACACACACACACACACACACACAGAAGUAUACCAGUGAUCUGAAUGGACUACUCUUCAACCCAGUACAACACCUCUGGGUCUGCCAACUUAAUUAUUUUUCCGACAGAGCUUUAUGUACAUAUUUUAUAUAGUGAUUAUGUUACUCAAUAUUUCAUGUAGAUGUUUCUGAAAAUAAAUUAUUUUAAACGUU